CUGUAGCGCGGGAAGCAUUUGGGUGCGAAAAGUUUUCAUCUUCAAAACUUCGCUGAUUUUACUCGCCAAAAGCAUAACACUUAACUUUUAAUCGUUUCUUGGGAUCAUGGGAGACGAUGUCAACGAAGAACCUGAACAUUUUAACCCUCACGAAGAUCGAGAGAAGCGAAAACAAGUUCGAUAUGAGUACCGCGAGCUGAUCUCCGAAACAGAAAAAAAUAGCCUGGAAUUUAUUAAGCCAGAGUCUAAAGGUUUACACAAGGCUCUUGACAGGGCUGAAGAACUAUUUGAUGAAGUCAAACAAACGAGAGAAGCAGUUUUGGAUUCCCAUUUCCUGGUUUUGGCAUCAAAGCUUGGCAGACAGCAGGCACAGAAAUUACAGACCCAUCUUGUAAAAUUUGAUCCAGAUGUUUUUGCAGAAAAAUUGAUAACGUUCAUGGGUGGAAGAAGUUUAACCCAAGUAGCAAAUCAAGAUGAUGACGAAGAGGAGGAUGAUGAUGCAGUUGGCACUUCAAGACCCAAUAAAAGAAGACUCUUACAGCUUGAUUGGAACAGACUUGGCAAAAAAGCUGCUCCGUACUUAAAAAGAACUCCAUCUUUGACAUUCAUGUUUGGUCCUCUUGCAAUUGGACCUCCAGUGAGAAAGACAAGGGCUCCCUCUGCCAAUAAACCCAAGGAUAAACCAAAUGCUGCCGAAAAGGUUACUCCAAAACAGCUUGACAAGGUUGAAAGCCAAGAAGAAGCCACAACUGGUGAAGUAUCAAGAGUGUACAAGUGCUUGGCUAAGGCUACUGCACCUCGCGGUCCAGAUGAAGAAUUUCAGCCAGUUGGUUUAUUUGAAUUUAUUGUCAACCCAGAAUCGUUCUCUCAAACUAUAGAAAAUAUGUUCCACUUAUCAUUUUUAAUUAAGGAUGGACGAGCAAAAAUAGAUAUUGACGAAGACACAGGUUUACCUUAUGUUGAACCAUUUGAACCUUACAAUGAAGGACAAUGCAAGGAAACUGUCUUGAGAAAACAAGUUAUUACACAUUUAAGUUUACCUGAAUUUAAGGAAAUAGUACAAGUAUUUAAWAUCAAGAAAUCAAUGAUUCCAACUCGUGCAGCAAUGACUGAURGUCAAUCAGGAUUAACUAAUGGUUUCCAUGGUGAUCAAUAAUUUGUAAUUGAACUUUAUUCAAUCUGACAAGGCUGUCACCUAAUCGCCGAAAACAUAAUUUUAUAAAUGAACUUUUUACAGUACCAAGACCAAUUUYGACUUGCCACUGUUUUCAUUGCUACACUCUUAACGAGACAACAGUUGUGACAAAAUAGGGCAAUACACUGCCGUCAGUCAAUGCAUGUAAGGAUACCAAACCAUUUAUUUGAUUGAUAGUAGUUUGUUGCUUGAUUUCCAUGUCACAACUGUUGUCUAAACAGCGUGUAGCAAUGAAAAGAGUAAUCAUGCAGAUGAGGCUGAUAGUAAAACCAAAAAGAAAACUCACUUUCUCGUUUUGAGUUCUAUUUGUACAGAGUUCUCCAUCUGAUUUAUAGUUCCAUAACAUUUCCAAUCAAAUGCAGUUGUUACUACUUCAUGUGCGUUUAGGAACGCUUUAAGUGGAUCUUUGUUUGCAUUUCUGCAUUGUUUUAUGGUACCAUUCCAAGGCCUCCAUAAAGUAGUAACUCAAUGAAGAUUACUUCCUUCAUGUCUCAAUUUACACAAAAUGGCUUUAUCUAUCAGCUGCCAUCACAGAUCGUAACUCAAUAAACAAAAGCAUUGGUUCAGUUCAAAGAUUCUAAAAAGCCUGUUGAACAGAUUUUUAAACCAAACACAAACAGGAAAUAUAGUUUCCUAGAAUGAAUGUGGAUAUAUUCAAUAUGGGUUCCCUGUGCUUCCAUGAGACCACAGGAACCCCAAACACCAUUGUUAUAGUUGAAUUAUUUGAGUAAAAAAAUAUCAAUUCACCAAAUUUGAAUGUUUAUGYAACCUAUCAUUGAAUGCAAAAUUAAUGAAUUGUUACAGUCGUUAUUAGCUCUUUAAAAUAGUUAAAAACAUAUAAUUAUAUUACAAGAAUAAAUAUUUUUAACUGCAUUGCUGAUACAAA